AUGGCCUCGGAGCCGGCCGUGGCGUCGGGCGUGUGCGGGAGGAGCGGCCGGGCCGCGCGGCUGCUCGCCCGCGCGCUCCUCGAGUGGAUCCUCAUCGCGCUGCUCCUCGCCAACGGCGUCUUCUCCUACCUCAUCGCCCGCUUCGCCGCCUUCUUCGGCCUGCCGCCGCCCUGCGCGCUCUGCUCCCGCCUCGCCGUCGACAGCCUCUUCGACGCGUCUCGCCCCGGCGCCGAGCCCCUGCGCCGCGUGCUCUGCGACGGGCACGCCGCCGAGGUGUCGCGCCUCGGCUACUGCCGCGCGCACCGCCGCCUCGCCGACGCCGCCGACAUGUGCGAGGACUGCGGCGCGGCGGCGCCGUCCGGGAAGGCGCUGCUGUCGUGGAUGAGGCGGAGCGAGCUCGGCGAGCGGGACCUCGCCUGCGCCUGCUGCGGCGUCGCGCUCGAGAGCGGCUUCUACUCGCCGCCCUUCCUGCUCCCCACGCCGUCGGCCGCGGCUCACGACCCGGGCCGCGGCUGCGACCAGGACGGCCACGGAGACGUGGUCUUCGUGUCCGAGGACGGCCCUGUGAUCGAGCUCUUCGACGAGAAGCCAUUGGUGGAGGAUGAUUCCAUCGGUGUCAUUUCAGCUCACCGCGCUGGCAUUGCCGGCAGCGUUGAGCGACUGGUGCCGCUUGAAUCCAUCGACUCCUUGGCCGUCGGUGUGCCUGAGCUGUCAUCUCACCCCAGUGGUGAAGGGGAGGGAGCAGUUGAUCAUGUGGCCGUGGAGCAGGACUAUGUGGUGCCGGAGAGGAAGGUUAAUGCCACCGAGGAGAAAUUUUUGGUGGCCUCUGAUGCUCAGCACUCUCCUCAGAUGAAUAAUGGAUUGAAAGAGAUGUCAUCAUCAGAGGAUGAGCAAGUUGAACAGGGCACUGUGGAACAUGAAUUGUUUUCCAUGCCAUCUGAUACCAUGGAGCAUGGAUUAGUUGUUGACAAAUCUGAUGGAAAUACUGAAGAGGUGCUGGUUCAACAAGCUGGCAUAAAGGAUGAGUGUGACGCUAUGCCAAUGGAAGGUGGGCCACAUGACGCAGAGGUUUCGAACGAGAACACUGAGGAGAACCAGGUUCAACAAGCUGAGCUGAGUCAGGAAUUGGAUUCGGUAAUGAUACAUCCCAGGGAGCAUGUCGAUGAAGAAUGUGAAGAGGAGAAAAUAUCACUGGCCGAGUUGAAACAAGAAUUGGACUCCGCGGCACUUGAUUCUUGGGAACAAAUUACUGAGAUUUCAAGUGAGAACAUUGAAAACCAUGUUGAACAGCCUCAGCUGAACCAUUUAUCCACUUUUAUGGCAGCAGGAGAUGAUAUUGAAGUUGAUCCAACUGAGGAUCUUCUACCAAGCUUGCACCAACUUUCUGAUGGGCAUUCAAUAAGUUCAGGCAAAUCAUCUUCUGACUGCAGUGAUGUUGAAGAUAAGAGAGUUUCUGAUACACCAACUGAUAUUGAAGAUAUCAGUUAUUUACAGGAAUUACCAGACCCUAAAGCAGUGACUGCUGAUACGAGGUCUGUUGAUUCAAGUGUGGCUAAUAUGUUCACUGAUCUGGAAAGCGUUGAACUGGUGAGUGUUGAUCAACUCAAGUCUGCUUUGGGAGCUGCCCACAAGUCAUUGAGUACGCUAUAUGCAGAGCUUGAAAAUGAGAGGAGUGCAGCAGCUAUAGCUGCUGAUGAGACCAUGGCAAUGAUAAAUCGCUUGCAAGAACAGAAAGCUGCAAUGCAGAUGGAGGCGAUGCAGUACCAGCGACUUAUGGAAGAGCAGUCGGAGUAUGAUCAAGAAGCACUGCAGAGGCUGAAUGAUCUAGUUGUAAAGAGAGAUAAGGAGAGGCAAGAUAUGGAGAGGGAGCUCGAACUGUAUCGCCACAAGAUUCAUCUCUAUGAGGCGAAGGAGAGGAGGAAAAUGUCCAGGCACAAGGCCGAUGACCAGAAUGGAUCAUCCUCAGCUUCAUCAAGUGCUGAGGACAGUGAUGACCUUUCCCAAAGUUUCUAUGAGGGCGAUGAGUCUGCCCAUGGUCUGAAUGGAAGCAAUGGCAGUAGUCCCACUGAUGUUGUUUUACAUGAAACUGCUAGUCAUAUUGUUACACUUGAUGGCUCGCUAGCUGACUGUGAGGAAGAGAGGCUUUCCAUAUUGGAUCAGCUGAAAGUGCUAGAGGAGAGGCUUUUCGACCUCGAAGAUGAAGAAUCUGAUAACUUGAAGAUGGACAAGCAUUUCACAGAAGAUAACCAUUCAAACGGUGCCUCAAAUGGUUUCUCUGAUGAGGACGUCACCUUCAAACUUCAUGAUAGUAGAAAAGGCGUAAGCAAUGGAGGAAAGAAGCUCCUCCCUCUGUUUGAUGAUACUACCAUGAGAAAUGGGAGUGGCAUCCUAACAAAGCAAGUUACCGUCGCAGAUCCUUCAGCAGAAGUCAUGCUGGAACUUGCCAAGGAGCAAGAUAAGCUGGCGAUUGCCAGUGAGAUCGAUCAAGUCCAUGAGCGCUUGCAAGCUCUCGAGGCCGACAAGGAGUUCAUAAAGCAGUGCGUGAGGUCCUUGAACAGAGGAGGCAAGGGUUUUGUUCUUCUUCAGGAGAUCUUGCAGCAUCUCCGGGACCUCAGAAGGAUCGAGCAGCGUGCAAGGAACAACUCUGGAGAAAUCUCGCCCCACUAUCUGCAUCCUUACACGGAUUUAAGCGCCGAGGCCCGCGAUCGUGUUUGUCAGCGACAACGCGUCAAGAUGGAGAUACCAACAAUCAGAAAAAGAAAGUUUGCACACCACCGACAGCAACAACAGCGAGUGAAGAGGGAAGUUUGCCGACUAGCUAGCUAG